UCUCUUUCCCUCUCUCUCUCACACACUACUGAAACACUCUCACUCUCCCUACUUUCUGUCUCUGUGGAACACAUCUGAAGAUCAGGAUGCUAUGCUGUAGAGUGUGUGUCCUGGCUGUGCUGUUAUCUCUUCUCAUCCUCAUCCCCUCCACACAAUCAGCACAUUGCUGUCUGAAGUACACUCGUCGUCCAUUGCAAUGCCGACGGCUGAAAAACUACACCCACCAGCCCGUUACUUCCUCCUGUGACAUCCACGCUGUCAUCUUCCACACUUGGAUGGACAAGUUUGUGUGUGCCGACCCCUCUCAAGACUGGGCCAAGAGGGUACAACGCUGCCUGCUCAAGCGUCAGGAGAAUAAAUCUAAACUGAAGAAAACUCUCUGAUCUCAUGACCAGGAGAUGAUGUGGAGAGGAUUUGGGUCUGGACAAAUGUACAGCUCUACCUUUCAUUAUAGAACUAUUAUAGUAUAUAUAUGUGUGUUAUUAACCCUAUUUAUGCUUUACAAACAGCUAAAUAUCUCAAUAUGCAUAGAGACACUGUUUCAGGAUGGUUUGUUUUUUAACCUGAGUUUUCUGUAUUCAUUCAAAUCAUUUAAUAUCUGUGGUUAUUAUUGUUCAUCAUAUCUGUAUUGAUUCUGAAGGUGUUUGAGUUUCAUAUCAGUUUGUGUGUAACUCUAUGUAUCAAUGUUGUUGGUCUGUUUCAUAAACAGCAAGUGCAGUAUUCCUGAUAAACAUGAAAACAUCUGUUUUCACAGAGUACCACAAAAUAUUUUGUGUUGUUUCAUAUCCUCUGUCCAAUUGGAACCAGAGAAAACCUCUUUAAUUUUGGCUUUUCAAAGUGUUCAAAUGUAUGUAUAAGUUUUACAGAGGUGUAGUGAGUUGAUGUAAGCUAAGAGCUAUGAAAUAGAUAAUAAAAUAUGUACUUGAAAAAACUGUGUGUUCUAAUG